AUGGCUGGUGAGUUUUCUGCAGCUCGGUUUUCAACAGUUUUCUUUAAUCUCCAUUGCUUGUUUGACAAAACGUCCUUCUCUAAGGUUGUUCCUCAGUUGGAGAACUUUGACAUCCAAAAAUCAGAGCAAUCCAACUACUCUAGCGAUGUCUGUGACGACAAUACUUCCUUCAUGAAGCUUGUUCAGAAUUCUUUUCUCUACAAUAUAUCCAAAAAUAGUGGCAGUCCAACAAGUGUAGCUUUCUCGGCAGUGGUACACCUGAAACAAGCUUUUGUUAGUUUUCAAGUGUUGUUUGAAUUGGUUAUUUCUGUUUGGGAGCUUCACGUAGGAUUUCGGACCAAUAUUAAGGUAAAGUUUUAA